UUUAUUGAGUGUAUCAUCUCUAUUCGCGUAUUUUGAGCUCGCGACAGCUAGCGACACGUUGGCCACAUUUAUGUAAAUGUGGACAUAGUUUUGACACAAUGGAACACCUUCGUGUUGAGAGAUUAUUGUCGAUUAUUUAAUUGACACGUUGACACAUGUACGCCAUACAGCCGGUUUUGCGUUAUUCGAAUUUGUUUCUUUCGACGAAAGUUUUCAGUUUGUAUAACCUGCACAAGAUGAGGAUUGUACAGCUCAAGAGGAAUCGUAUGUUCUACAUAUUAAUUAGUGGAGUAUUGGUGCUGCUAGGUUUAUACAUUCUUCUUGAUCUUUCCUCAGACAGUCACAUGAGUGAUAUAAAAGAAUAUGUGGCGCAAGGUCUCAGAAAGAAGCAGGUACCAGUACUUAUAGAUGGUUUAGGAAAUUACGAACCACGAGAUAUACAUAUUAGAACUGGUCCUGGAGAACUCGGUAAACCACACAUUUUGAGGGACGAUCAGCAAAAUGACGUCCAGCAAUCGGAGUCCGAUUACGGCAUGAACAUGGUGUGUUCCGAUGAAAUCUCUUUGUCGAGGUCAAUACCAGAUACCAGGCCGGCGGAAUGCAAGCACUGGAACUAUCCAGAUGAAUUACCACGCACCAGUGUCAUUAUAGUUUUUCACAACGAGGGAUGGUCCGUUUUGUUGAGAACUAUCCACAGUGUUAUAAAUCGCACUCCAUCGAAGUUUUUAGAAGAGAUUCUUCUCGUUGAUGAUUUUUCUGACAAGGAAAAUUUGAAAGGUGAUCUAGAUUCCUACAUUGAACAAUGGGGAGGGAAAGUUAAGUUACUCAGAAAUUACGAAAGGCAAGGAUUAAUACGAACGCGUUCUCGGGGAGCGCGCGAGGCCAAAGGUGAGGUAAUAGUAUUUUUAGACGCACAUUGCGAGGUCAAUGUGAAUUGGUUGCCUCCACUUUUAGCGCCGAUUGCCGAAAAUAGAAAUGUGAUGACAGUUCCUGUGAUAGAUGGCAUUGAUCAUAAAACUUUUGAAUAUCGUCCUGUGUAUCAAGAAGGACAUUUGUACAGAGGUAUUUUUGAAUGGGGCAUGUUGUAUAAAGAGAACGAAUUGCCCAGUCGCGAAGCUAAAACGCGUUCGCACAAUAGCGAGCCGUACAGAUCACCCACACACGCUGGUGGCUUAUUCGCAAUAAACAGACAAUACUUUUUAUCACUUGGUGGAUACGAUGAAGGAUUACUUGUUUGGGGAGGAGAAAACUUUGAAUUAUCCUUCAAGAUAUGGCAAUGUGGUGGAAGUAUUUUGUGGGUUCCUUGCUCGCACGUUGGUCACGUUUAUCGAGGAUUUAUGCCUUAUUCAUUCGGUAAACUUGCUCAAAAGAAGAAAGGACCAUUGAUUACUAUUAAUUACAAGCGAGUUAUAGAAACUUGGUUUGACGAGAAACAUAAGGAAUUCUUUUACACCAGGGAACCAUUAGCUCGAUUGCUCGAUCAUGGCGACAUAUCGGAGCAAUUAGCUUUUAAGGAACGAAAGAGAUGCAAGAGCUUCCAGUGGUACAUGGAUAAUGUGGCUUAUGAUGUGUUAGACAAAUUUCCAGAAUUGCCACCAAACAUUCAUUGGGGAGAGUUGAGAAACGUGGCAACUGGAUCGUGUUUGGACACUAUGGGUCACUCGCCUCCAAGUCUUAUGACUACCUCUCACUGCCAUGGAUUUGGAAACAAUCAGCUAAUGAGGCUAAAUGAAAAGGGCCAACUAGGCAUCGGUGAAAGAUGUAUUGAAGCGGACGGCCAGGGCGUCAAAUAUUCAUUUUGUCGUUUAGGAACCGUGGACGGUCCAUGGCAAUAUGAUGAAAAAAGAAAGACACUUUUACACAGAGUACAUAAGAGAUGUAUGGCGCUUCAUCCUCAAACUCAUCAGUUAUCUCUGAUGCCCUGUGACGUAAACAAUGCUUAUCAGCAAUGGAUGUUCCAUCAAGUCCAUCCACGAUGGUAAUUUGGAAAAAAAAAAAAAAAAAA